CGCGCAUUCUGGCCGUCACUUCUCCUCCGCUGAUGAUGGCUGGUGCUCUGCGUCUCCCUGUCGCCCCGUUGCUCUUCCCAAACCCUAGAUUUCGAAUUCCCACAUCGAGGUCCCUUCUACGAGGAUCUGGAUCGAUUAGGGUUUUCUGUUCGUCUUCUCCAUCUUCGCAGACCUCUGAGAUUGAGGAGCGGCGAUGGGGGCCAUUUCGCAAGAAGAAGGUUGUCAUGCGCGUUGGUUAUGUGGGAACUGACUAUCGAGGGCUUCAGAUGCAGCGAGAUGUCCACGCUUUGUCAACAAUUGAGGCAGAACUGGAAUCUGCCAUCUAUAAGUCAGGCGGGAUCCUUGAUAGUAAUUAUGGAAAUCUACAUAAGAUUGGGUGGGCCAGGAGUAGCCGUACUGAUAAAGGAGUUCAUUCCUUGGCGACGACAAUUUCAUUGAAAUUGGAGAUUCCAUCUCAUGCAUGGAAGGAUGAUCCUGCUGGUACUCUACUUGCAAGUUAUGUUAACUCAAAUCUGCCCAGAAAUAUAAAGGUUUUCAGCAUUUUACCUUCCCAAAGGAGUUUUGAUCCAAGAAGAGAAUGCAAUGUUCGGAUGUACUCUUACCUUCUACCAGGAGAAGUUAUUGGGAUUAAGAAUGACAGCUCCGCUGCAGAAAUAGAUGGCCAUAUAUCAGAAUUCAAUGCUAUCCUAAACAAGUUUGAGGGAGAACAUCCUUUCCAUAACUAUACUAUCCGGUCCAAAUAUAGGAAGCAACCUUCUGGGCAUAUGUCUCGAAGGAGAAGUUUCUCGAAACAUUCCGUGGGCUCUAACUCCAAGGAUGAUAGCAAUCUACUAAAGUAUAACAGCGAGGGGGCCGAAUUUGCUAUCUGUGAACAGAAUCUGAAUUCUUCAUCAAGGAGUAAUUCCGAGGAUUUAGAAUUUGAAACUUUGACAGAACAAAUUAAUGAAUCUACAGAUGUAGAAAAGAAAUUAGUUCUUGCAAGAUGGCUUUAUGAGCCUGAUGAGAUGGAUAGAAUAGGUGCUUCCCACUUCAGAAAGAUAUACGCAUGUUCAUGUGGAAAGCUGGAGAUGCUAUCCGGGGUAAAUUAUAUUGAGCUGUCUAUAUGUGGAGAGUCCUUCAUGCUACACCAAAUUCGGAAAAUGGUUGGGACUGCAGUGGCAGUUAAGCGGAGAUUGCUACCACAUGAUCUUAUAGAAAUGUCUCUUGCUAAGUUUUCACGCAUUGUUUUACCCUUGGCCCCCUCAGAAGUCUUGGUUCUUAGGGGGAACAGUUUCUCUAUAAGAGACCGGCCUGGAAAUAUUAUUCGGUCAGAAAUCAAAAGAAUGGAAGAAUCUGAAGAAAUCCGGAGAUCUGUGGAUGAGUUUUAUUAUUCAAUCUUGUUGCCUCAGAUCUGUAAUUUUUUGGAUCCUUCAAAAUCUCCUUGGAAGGAGUGGGUAGAUAACCUGGAUACACACACAAGUAUACCGGAUAUGCAGUUAGGGGAGGUCAGACAGGCUUGGAAACUGUGGAAAGAAAGAUUCGUUGAGCGAAAAAUUGUUGGAGUCGCCAUUGUAGAUCAUAAACUUUCUGCUGGUCAAAUGUGCGGAUGAUGAAAGCAGGUCUAUCCAUCCUUUCAAGAAGCAUUUACUUUUUAUAUUGAUUGCUGACUCACUAUCAUUGGAGUACCCUUUGCAUACACAUGAGAAGCUGAAGCUGAAAACAAGCCGCAAGCUAAAGGCAUAUGACAAUCUUGUUCCUGUUCUCAGGACAAUGGAAGACUGCAAGAUGAUAUUGCUUGCUGAAGCAGGAUUAGGUGUUAUUCCAUUAUAUUGUUGGAUUUUAUAGUAUAGCUGUAGGACAUGGACAGGGCUGAUAUAUUAUUAAAAAACCAUGUUACUGUAUUCCUGCUUCAGUAUCACAAACUGCCCUCAUUACUGAGAUGUUACAGAUUCACACCAUUUUACUCUUCAUAAUCAUGCAAUAAUCAGGGUGAUAACAGCUGCAAUGUUUGGAUGGUUUUUAGGGGAGGUUUAUUUAUGUGAUGGUUGUAGAGGUAGUAGCAACUAGCAACGGAUGACUAUGGAUUUUAUAAUUGUCUUUUAUGAAUUCAACUGGAUUCCCUUGAGUUAUUGUGAAAAAUAGGUCUGUCUAAUUCUAAUAAAAAGUCUUAAAUUGCUGUUCUCUGUUACUUUCUGUAUG